GGUCAGGCUCGUGGGGUCUUAUGUAAGAGGCGAGCUCCAGCGGCGGAGCGUCAUUCGGCGGCGGUCUCGAGAUGACUGGAGAGGGUUUAGUCUCAUUUAACAUGAUAUUUAAUGUCACAUCAUGAGUUAAUGUUGAGAUAAAGUUUGAUUUUAAUCGUAAUCAUCGACUCAGGAAGCGGAAGAGCGCGGAAUAUCGACCCGUGAUCUGUUAUUGAUCGUCAUGCCGCCCAUCGAGAAUGACGCGGGACGCGAGCAGAUCCGAUCGAAGAUCGAAGAGCUGAUCGAUUCUCAUCAAGUGCUGGUGUUCAGCAAGAGCUUCUGUCCCUACUGCGUCAAGGUGAAGGAGCUCUUUAAAGAGCUGAAUGUCAAGUGUAAUGCAGUAGAGCUGGACCUGAUGGGUAAGAGCACAAUAACUUUUUAUCCUUUUGCACACAAAGAUGGCGACCUGCAGAAGCUGCUGGGUGAAGGCAGUAAGGCGUACGACUAUGAUCUCAUCGUCAUUGGCGGUGGUUCUGGCGGUCUGGCCUGCUCAAAGGAAGCAGCCGCCUUGGGGAAGAAGGUCAUGGUUCUGGAUUAUGUUGUUCCCACACCGAAGGGCACAACCUGGGGUCUAGGAGGCACAUGUGUGAACGUGGGCUGUAUUCCUAAGAAACUGAUGCAUCAAACGGCUCUGCUGGGUACCGCCAUGGAGGACGCACGCAAGUUCGGCUGGGAAUUCACUGAUCAGGCUGUGAUCAUUUGUUUUGGAGUUUGUUCUCAACAGGCCUUUAGCCGUCUAGGUAUCUUGACCUUGGCACACAAAGAUGGCGACCUGCAGAAGCUGCUGGGUGAAGGCAGUAAGGCGUACGACUAUGAUCUCAUCGUCAUUGGCGGUGGUUCUGGCGGUCUGGCCUGCUCAAAGGAAGCAGCCGCCUUGGGGAAGAAGGUCAUGGUUCUGGAUUAUGUUGUUCCCACACCGAAGGGCACAACCUGGGGUCUAGGAGGCACAUGUGUGAACGUGGGCUGUAUUCCUAAGAAACUGAUGCAUCAAACGGCUCUGCUGGGUACCGCCAUGGAGGACGCACGCAAGUUCGGCUGGGAAUUCACUGAUCAGGUGACUCACAACUGGGAGACGAUGAGGACCGCGGUGAAUAACUACAUCGGUUCACUUAACUGGGGCUACAGAGUUUCCCUACGAGACAAAAACGUCAAUUACGUCAACGCCUAUGCUGAGUUUGUGGAGCCGCACAAGAUCAAGGCCACAAACAAGCGUGGGAAAGAGAUGUUCUACACUGCCGCUAAGUUUGUUCUGGCGACGGGAGAGAGGCCUCGUUAUCUGGGCAUCCCUGGAGACAAAGAGUACUGCAUCACCAGCGAUGACCUGUUCUCAUUGCCCUACUGUCCCGGGAAGACUCUUGUCGUCGGGGCGUCGUAUGUGGCUCUGGAGUGCGGGGGGUUUCUGGCCGGUUUGGGGCUGGAUGUGACCGUCAUGGUUCGCUCCAUUCUGCUGCGAGGAUUCGAUCAGGACAUGGCCAACCGUGCAGGAGAUUGCAUGGAGACACACGGGGUCAAAUUCCUCAGGAAGUUUGUUCCUACCAAGAUCGAGCAGCUAGAAGCUGGAACUCCAGGCCGACUUAAAGUGACGGCCAAAUCAACCGAGAGUGAUGCAAUCUUUGAGGGGGAAUACAACACUGUGUUGAUCGCAGUGGGUCGUGACGCCUGUACAGGAAAGAUUGGUCUGGACAAGGCUGGAGUUAAAGUCAAUGCCAAGAACGGGAAGAUCCCAGUGAACGAUGAGGAGCAGACCAGCGUUCCUCACAUCUAUGCCAUUGGAGACAUCCUGGAGGGGAAGUGGGAGCUGACGCCUGUGGCCAUUCAGGCCGGGAAACUUCUGGCUCGCCGACUGUUCGCUGGAGCAUCUCUGAAGUGCGAUUAUGUGAACGUUCCCACCACCGUCUUCACUCCGAUGGAAUACGGCAGCUGUGGUUACCCAGAGGAGAAGGCCGUCGAGCUCUACGGACAGGAGAACCUCGAGAUCUAUCACAGUCUGUUCUGGCCUCUGGAGUUCACCGUUCCCGGCCGGGACAACAACAGGUGCUACGCCAAGAUCAUCUGCAAUAAACUUGACAACGAACGUGUGAUUGGCUUCCACUAUCUGGGUCCUAACGCUGGCGAGGUCACACAGGGCUUCGGAGCCGCCAUGAAAUGUGGAAUUACCAAAGACCAGCUAGACAACACCAUCGGGAUUCACCCGACAUGUGCUGAGAUAUUCACCACCAUGGAGGUCACCAAGAGCUCCGACGGAGACAUCACUCAGUCCGGCUGCUGAGGUUAAACCCUGCUCGUUUAACAGGCUGUCAGGACUAGUUUAACCUGGUUUAUUCUAGUGAUUUAUCCCUCUCCUCUUGGCAUAAACACACUUGAGUCUCUUUAAAUAAUCUCAGGUCAUUAAAACUCAUUAUGAUCCGCCCUGCCUUCAGAAGGCUUUUGUGUCUCACUGUUGUUCCCCAUAAAUGUCACCCUUUACAAACCAUGUGAUCGUUUCCACAUGUGUGCACAUUGUGGGCGGAGUCUGGGAGCAGCAGUAAGACAGAGGCGGGGCUUCGCUUGCUAAGAGACCAGUGAUUGGGGGAGGAGAUGAUGAUUGACAGCCUGUUAGACAGCAGGGUUACUCUGCUUUAACUGAUUGUCUGAGUCAGAAAUGCACCAGAUGCGUCUGUGCUUUACACUUUUCUUUUAUACACGUGCGCGUUUGGUGCUCUGUGACGUUUUAACCCUUACCCCAUGUUCAGUGGCGGGUUAUGACUGAUGUUUUCUGCACUUGGACUUUAAAUUGAUAAACACAUGUUAACAUCGACUACACUGAUCUUUGGCCUUUGACUCACGAGGGCCACAUACUUUAAUUUCUUUUGGUUGUCGGAGUCUAUUUUUCUAUAUUUAAUAGUGGUUUGUCUUCAGUUGCUCUGCAUCAUUCCACGUCAGGAUCCUAGUAAGACGGAUUUCACUUCCCGCUCAUUAAUUUCUGAUACAGUGGUCGAGUAACUGAGACGUGAUUGAAGCGCAAACCAAAUGCAGCAUGUAGAUGCUUCCUCAAAGUAUUUAAACUAAGAAAAAGAAGCACUUAGAAAUAUCAAUAAAAUGUGUAUGUUCAUAUUUUUAUAAAUGUCACUGGAUUACAUGCAUCUGUAUGGCGGUUUCAUUCAAAUAUAAAUGCAUGUUUGUUUGACUUUUGCUGUUUAUUUGCUCUCUGGAUUAUUUUGUCCUUUCAUCUCGUAUCAUUCACUCCCUUUUGCUUUCGAAGGAUUGUGUUUAAGCAUCAGUUCUUUUACUGUUACUCAGCACCUGAUGAAUGUACAAUAUUUCCAUGGCAUCUCUGUUCAGAUUCUAUUCAUGAACUUUAAUAAAACUAUGUACACUACAUUAA